UUAGUCGCCGAACCGCCGCGCGACGCCUGCGGUGCAGCACUUGGUGCGUCCCCCCACGCGUACGAGCCUUUCUCACACCAUCGCUGGCGAUCCGCGCUUGCGCAACACAGUUCAAAACCAAAAGCGACCGCCCGAGCUCCGGGCAGGCUUCUCUCCGCACCGCGCCGCAUCGCACUGCUUCCAGCGCCGCCAACAUGACCGCCAGGAUUGCGAUAUGUAUAUUUGCCUGCUUCUAUCUGGCGCAUGCCGAAGUCGAUAUCAUCACAGAGCCGCAGGCCGGGCAAGAAUAUGUUCUAGUUAGUUCAGGUCAGCAAACUCCGAUUAGAAAUUUCGAAUCAUCACAUAAGAUUCCCGAUAAACAUCCUCAUCACAGAUAUUUCAAGCCCGAAGAUGGAAAUGAUAAAAUUACCAAGAAAAUACAUAGCGGCAAAGUUAAAAAUCCAUCAGAAGGAAUUGUUUCUAUCGAAGAAGAUAAAAAGACGUUGUUUAAAAAGGGCUUAAGAGGAAAGACUCCUGAAUCUGUAGAAAUUGACCUUCCAGUAUCUAAAUUAGAGGGAAUUAAAAUAAACGAUGCCGCUAAAAAUGCUGAUACCAACCCUAAUCUAGACGUUGAUUUAGAAGCUAUGUCUGAAUCAGGCAAGCUUACUAGUGUUUCUGGUACAACUACACAGAAACCCGUUUUGACUACUACUAGAACUGAUACGACAAAAACCUAUGAUUAUAUUCCGAUCAACUUUGACUCAAUCGAUGAUAUAAACACUGGCCUUUUAUCAUCUAAUGUACAAUUAGAGGCAGCUGGCUCUGAGCAACAAAACUCAAGAAUUCAAAUCAAAAAAGGCCCAAAUGGUCAAGAUUAUGAAUAUGAAUACAUUUACUACUAUUACGAUGAAGAAGAAGGCGGAAAGAAAGAUAAGGAUUCAAAAGUUAAAAGCACUACCACAUUAGCCCCAGCAAACCACAACUCACAUGAUGGUCCACAAAAAGUUGAAACAGAUAACCAAAUAGGUAAAGACAGUAAGAGCAAGAGCAAGUACAGUACUAUUGAUAGAUCAGGAACAACAACAACGACUCCUGCUACAUCCGAACAGAACGAGGUACUUCCAACAGGAGGUAGAAGUCGUCAAAGAAGCCGCAAUGUGGCGCCUGCUCCAGUUGAAGAACAAGUCGAAGAAGACAGGUUACCAUCGAGCACUCGUUUCCCACCCCGUGGUCGCAAUCUCGCAUCCGCCACAACCACUGCUGCCACAGAGCCCACGACUGAAGUGGUGAGACAACGAGGACGUCCGCAAAUUGACAACAUUGCUGAUGAAUCUAUUGGUCAAACUAGGAGCAGGACACGUGCCCAUAUCAGACGUCCGAGUUCCGAAUUGGUCGACUUAGAUAGUUUUAAAACAGGAGAAUUACCCUCUCAGUACAAAGAGCCUCCAUCGAGAUAUUCCUCAGAAAGUAAAACUACUACUGAAAUCCCUGAACCAUUGCCUACAGCCAAAGAACCAACUCAUGCCAAAGAUUCUCUGAGAGAAGGUCAUAGUUUGUCUGGAGGUAUAAGGUUCCAAGAGAUUACUGAUGAUUCUAAACUUCCGUCUGAUUACAAGCAGACGACAACUUACGAGCAAGACACAACAGAAUAUACAACGAUGACUGCUAUGGAAAAGGUGGCGUUGGAUCUCUACGCUUACUUAGCGGGUGAAAACCUGAAUAAUGAGAUUAAUCCUACGAGUGACGGUUUGGUUGAUGGGACGACGACCGACGAAGAUUCGUGGACGACGGAGGCGAUGAGCACAACAGAGGAAUAUACCACGCCAACUACAACUACUACGACAACCACAACGACCACAACCACUCCAGCGCCCACUACGACAACUACCACGACCACUCCUGCGCCCGUCACUCGUCCCUCUCGGUUCAAGGGAAGACCGGGAGCACGCGCCAAGGUGUCUUCUACUUCAGCAGCUACUGAAGCGCCACAGGAGACUUCUACCAGAGCACGAGGUCGGUUCAGCAAGCCUGGCGGAGUGCGAAGGACCACAGCCGCCGCCGACGUGUCCACCGCUUCUUCAGCACCUCUGGAGAAGGCAGUCACUCAACCAAAGGCAUUCGGUCGUCGCGGGCUGUUCGGAGGCCGCACUCGACCGAGUUCGACAACAGCUGCGCCUGCGCAGGAAGAAGCCAGUGGAGCCAGUGAAGCUGCUCCCGCGCCAAGGGUCCGUCCCCGUCCAGGCCUGAGACGGCCGUUCACCUCCACCACGGCCGCGCCGGCCGCCAGCGAGGACGAUACGGCUGUCGGAGACACAGCUGAGACUACGCCUGUACCGGCUAGGACUAUUGGGCGUCCAAGACCGAAUCUGAGACCAGCUUCGUUGCGUCCCGGCGCCCGACUGAACCUCCGCGCCAAUCCACGCCUGCGCCCUGGAGCGCCGGUCACCGAGGCUGCCUCCGAAGCACCCGCCGAGACCUCCGCCCCCGAAGCUGUGGCCGCCACUGAUGCUGAAGCUGAGGGAUCAUCUCCGACGCCUGCGCCUGAGCAGCCAGUACGCGGCGGCGUACGUUUGCGGAACCGUCUGCAAGUGGCGCCCUCUCCCAAACCUCGCAUCACGCAGCCGCCCCCCUCCCGCCGUCCCAACCCACUCAUCAAGAGGAAGCUAGCUACCACUGAGGCGACAACAGAAGCUGUCAAGAAGUCAUCAACGGAGACGACGGAAGACAGCACGAGCGCAGAGAAGACCGAGACAGAAGAGACGGAGGCCCAACCAGCGGAGACGACGCCAGCACCACCUCUGCGAGGCCUUGACGCCCUCAUUGCCCGGAGACGCGCCGCCGGCGGCAUCGGAUCCCGCCCCGUGCGGCCCGCAAGAGGCGCUCCCAAAUAAACUUUAGCCUAACUCGUACUGCUUAAAAGUCAGUGACAUCUCACUGAACACACCACAGUUAUAAUAAUUCGCUAUUCCUCGCACUCCAACUUUGAAACAGAACCAAUUAGGGUUAGACCGCACUGAUCAUUGAUCAACAUAAGCGAAAAUAAUAAAUAUGGCACCUGAUCCAAUUAUUAUUAUACAUAACGAGAGUGCCAGAAAGCGGAGGUAGCAAAGAAACUUGUCUCGCAACGUUCGGUGCAGAUGCUCAUUAUUUUUUAGUCAAUUUACUCUCCAAACUGCCUAGAUAUAGUGCCUAUUGUAUAAUUUUAUACCUUUUCGAGAUUUAUCAGUAGUUUCGUAGCUGUCAAAUUUUUUAAUAUCUACGAUUUACCUACUUACAUUUCCUAAUUUUUCUUAAACGUUUUUUAAUGUAAACUUGGACUUCUGAUUGAUGAUUUGUAUGUAAAUAUUAGCAUGUUAAUGAAAUAUUUCCUUGACAUACGUAUUUCAUGGAUUCUGGAUUGGGUUCCAAAGAUGACAGCACACCCCAUGUCGUUUUCUCUCAAAGUUUCACUACAAACUUUGUCCAAAAGUCUUAUUGUGACUAGAUACAAUAUUAGGUCCCGAUUUUCCUCAAACUAUUGGACCACUUUCUCUCUUCUUAAUUUAAAAUUAUUAUAAAACGUUUGGUAUAUUUAAUUUUAGUGUAAAACUUAUUCAAAUCUCAACAAAAUUAUACUCAUUCUCAUAAUUUAUUAUGUUAAGUGAAACCUGUUAGGGAUAAGCGAAGUCGUAACGUAAAUAGUUCCAUCACCAACAAAUGACUUGGUCUGCUGAAGCACUGAUCGCUAGUGCCAUCGUGAUAUGUUUAUAUCUUUCUUAAGUGUGAUAAUAAAGUUAAUAUUAAGAUAUAA